AUGUUCGGCGACUUCUUCGACCGGAAUGAGAAGCCGUACGUCCAAGCCACGGACCCCGUGAGGACGCAACUCACCUUCGAGGAAGCAUUGGAGGAAUACAAUGGCAUGAAUGCCAGCAAGAUGAACUUGGUCUUCUUCAAGGAUGCUCAGGAACACCUUGCCCGUGCUGCAAGAAUCAUUCGCCAACCACGAGGCAACGCCCUGCUUGUCGGCGUCAGUGGCGUGGGCAGGAAGAGUCUGGCAAGAAUGGCUGCGCACAUGGCCGAGGCAGGCGAGUCCUUCGGGUCCUUCGGGCCUCCUUCGGGGGGGUCUCGGUCCGCCGGGGUUGGCCAGAGCCGAGCUGCCGAGCUGCCUUUCGCAUGA